CACAGGAGCUUCAGUAUUGUAGACCAUUGUGCGUAAAAGAUGGACUCAAAACUUACGAUUUUAGCCGUCUUUUUGGUGCUUUUGGCGAACGUCGAAUCAAGAUCAACUGUUCGAAGCCUAAGCUCAGUUUACCGUGGACAGAAUUGCAGAGGAGGAAACCUCCUUAAGAUUCAUACUGAAAAAUGUUCAACGUUUUCAGGAAAACGGCACUGUUUAGCAAAAUGUGAUGGUUCUCGUACUUCAGACCCUACGACAAGAAUUAAGAUUGAGUCCGUGGGAGGAAGGAAGUGCAUCCAAUUCACUAAAAACGAAAACGGAACUCAAUACCUAUAUGCCUUAAAGGUCGUCAACGGGACCAAUGUUGUUUUUGAGGAACAUGGUUGCCAAAAACCAAUUGAGGACGGUUUCCUCUUUGAAGAGUCAGUAAUAAGGAUAAGAAGUGGAAACUCGAAACGAUUUGUGUAUAAAAAAUACAACACCAUGUGUCUAGCCACUGAUUGCGACGGAAAUCUUUCUCUAAUUAGUACAACAAACAAAAUUAAGAGCAUGUGCAGGUUUCUUAAGCUUAAAUAAAUAACAAUCAUCUGUUAAAGCUGAUGAUAAUGACGGUAAUCUGUUUUUGAUUUUAUAUCUGUCCAGCACUUAUAUCGCGACAAUAACAAUUCAGGUAGCGUAAAAGUAAUUUACAGAGGAGUUUAAAAGGAGGCUAAUAAAUGUUAUUCAUCUGAUAACUCAGAUGUGCGUCUUUAGCUUUUACUUGCAAUUAAUUAUGAUAAACAUUCCCCAAGAUUCCAUGGGAGGGAUCAGUCUUGGUGGCCCUAAAAAUGGCGCGUCGACUUCCGGAUCAGUAAGUCGGGUCUCCAGCACCGGUCAGAGUCAACGUGCUUUUUCAUUGGCCGGUUUAGUACCUAACUCUUACAAUGCCUUUCAUCUUCCGGGGAUAAACAAUAUUUAGAAGAAGAAGAAGACUUUUAUUUAUUCAGGGUAGCCCAUUCAGAUGCCUCAAGCACUGCUAUCAAUU